AUGGAACGACGACAAGCCUCGGAAACGGACGGAUUUACUGAUGACGACCCUAGCAAACGAAAUAAGGACAACGAAUUUCGAAUCUGCACGUGGAAUGUUAGGUCCCUUAACAGACCUCGUGCAGCCGAACAACUAGCGGAGGCCCUCGACUGCUAUAAGGCAGAUAUAACUGCCAUCCAAGAAAUGCGAUGGGAAGGGCCGGGCAAGAGAAAAUUGAAGACCCACGAUAUCUACUACGGCGACUGCAACCGGCAACAGGGCACAUUUGGAUGUGGAUUUAUCAUCGGAGUCAGACUCAGGCAGAACGUCCUGAGUUUUAACUGUGUCAACGAGCGCCUCACCACGAUCCGCAUAAAGGCUAAAUUCACCAACAUAAGCCUGAUAUGUGCUCACGCCCCCACGGAAGAGAAAGACGAUACCACCAAAGAUAAUUUCUACGAGCUCCUCGAAAAAACCUACGAGCAAAUCCCAAGCUACGACAUUAAAAUUGUCCUGGGUGAUUUUAAUGCAAAGCUAGGAAGAGAAGAUAUCUUUGGAAGCACAGUCGGAAAGCAUAGCCUGCACUACAACACAUCCGAUAACGGAUUCAGGCUAGUCGACUUUGCUGCGGGGCAAAAUGUUGUCAUAGCAAGUACGCGUUUCCCGCAUCUCAAGAUUCAUAAAGGGACAUGGAAAUCUCCAGAUCAAUCCGUCAACCAGAUUGACCAUAUUGCGAUCGACGCUAGACAUUCCUCCAGUAUUAUGGACGUCCGAACGUUCCGAGGAGCCAACAUUGACUCUGACCACUACCUGGUUGUAGCCAAUGUACGGAUGCGGAUUUCCAGACCAUCGCCAACACAAGGAAAUACCUACUGUGAGGAAGUUUAA